GCCAUUCCCUCCUCACUCCUCACUCCUCACUCUCACUCCUCACUUCCCCAUGUUUCGAUGUUGCGAUGACAUCAAUACGUCAUCAGCAUCCUGACAAACAAAAGGAACGCGGAGAUCAUAUUCUUCAUUCGUGCGAGUGGCUGAGAUGGGGCGGCUGGGUAGGGGCUGAAAGAUAGGUAGUAAUGUAGCUACUUCUCUCGCUCUUUCUCUGAUCCAAGCCAUGCCGUCUGGAUCUGGAUCUGGAUCUGGAUUUGAACAUAAUGCUCAUGUGUGUGUCUGGUACAGCGUAGAGUGGAUGAAUCUGGAUUGUGCAUCGUACUUUCCGAUACCAUCCCUCCUCCUCCUCGUCCUCUUCCUCUUCCUCUUCACUCCUCACUCCUCACUCCUCACUCCUCACCCCUCCCAGCCAAUCACACAGAACGGUCUAACCACAAUAAGAUAUAACAAUAUAAUAAUAAUCACCGCUUAAACCUGAAUGGGGCAUAUUUUGGAUCGCUUGCUAGCUAACUAGACCUUGUUAUGUACCUGCGACCAACUGCCUGCCUGCUUUACUCCUCUUUCCUUCCAAGCUUCGUCAUUCGAUCUCUUCUCCCAACUUCUUAAAAGGAUUCGAUCCAUCUUCACCUCUUCACCUCUUCACCUCUUCAAUUCUUCAACAUCAUCCCACAACAUAACUCUCUUAACUCUUGGACUUGAAUACAUCCAUCCAUUCAUACAUACAUACGAGAGAUCCCACUAUCCUAUCAAUCAUCAAUCAAUAUGAUUGAUCCAAUGCAGGUUCUCGAGAUGGACAUUAUGAAGAAAACCACUGCUCUUCUCCCACUUCCAACAAGCACCGCGACUGCUACUCCCUCGGUCGCCCCAAUUCCCACUGUCGUUCCCAAUGUCCCAACUUAUGAAGUUGCCGGUCAAUCGGGCCAGAGAACAUUAUGGGUUGUCUUUGUGAUCAUGCUCCUCUCAACUCUUACCUUUUUCUACUUGGCUUGGAGAGUACCAGUGCAAAAACGCCUCUUCCAUGUUCUUACUGCAUUCAUCACUCUUUUCGCCACCCUCUCAUACUAUGCAAUGGCAAUUGGUGACGGAAACGCUCUUACACAUAUUAUUCUACGAGAAGUCCACGAACACACCCCAGAUACUGUUGAGCACGUCUAUAGACAAGUUUUCUGGGCUCGUUAUGUUGAUUGGAGUUUGACUACUCCCCUUCUCCUCCUCGAUCUUUCAUUCCUUGCUGGUCUCAAUGGUGCUAACAUAUUGGUUACCAUCGUUGCUGAUCUCGUCAUGGUUUUGACUGGUCUCUUUGCUGCCUACCACAAUGAUGGAGCUGCCAAGUGGGGAUGGUAUGCUAUGGGAUGUGUUGCAUUCUUAGUCAUCAUCUAUCAACUUGUCGUCCCUGGUCGUCGUGCCGUUUCAACCAAGGAUGCCAAGACCUCGAAGCUUUUCGCUGCUAUUGCAGGUUACACUUUGAUCAUCUGGACCCUUUACCCAAUCGUCUGGGGUAUUGGUGAUGGAUCCCGCACUUGGUCGGUUGAUGCCGAGAUCAUUGCUUAUGCUGUCCUUGAUGUCUUGGCCAAGCCUGUUUUUGGUCUUUGGCUCUUGUUCGCUCAUGACGGUAGUGCUUCUACAUCUGUUGAUGGAUGGUGGAGCCAUGGCUUGUCCAGCGAGGGUGCCAUCCGCAUCGAUGAUGAUGAGGGUGCUUAAAUAUCCUCUUUACUGUAAUCUGUAUGAUACUAGUCGCGAACGAUGUGAAGACGAUGUACCAGGAGAUUAAACAAAUUGUUAAAAUUGACAUGAGGAUAGGAGGAUUGUACCAGACAAUGAAAGAAGUGAGUUAUGAGAUAGUUGGGAUGGAAGGGAUGGAAGGGGAGCUAUUACUGGCUUUUUUCUUUUACUACUCGGAAGGCAUUCGGCAUUUGGCAUUUGAGCAUAGGAAAACCUCUUGUAGUAUAACUGCAGUGUAGAGGAUAAUAAUCAAUCAAAUUACUUUACAACA